AUGGAUCUAUAUCAAUAUGGAAUUAGUGAAAACUACACAAACUGGGUGCACCAUGGUGAGACUUCUCAACCUCGUGAUAGUUUAGAUGUCUUUAUUAAUUCGGACAAUGAAUUGGAGGAUAGUGGAAAUGAUGUUUCAGAAAUUAAUAAGUCAUUUUUUUCGAAUUUGGAGUUGUUCAAGGAUGCACUCCCGAGAGGAGAAACCCUUCCAAGCUCAAGUUAUGAGGAAAAUGAAAAUCUUGACACGUGUCCAACUUGUAAGGCCCCUAGAUGGAAAUUAGGUUUCGGAAAACGCAAGAAGGUUGCUCAAAAAAUUCUUAGACAUUUCCCUUUAGUACCUAGACUUCAGAGGUUAUUUAUGUCUAAAGAUAUUGGUGAAAAUAUGAGGUGGCAUAAGGAGAAACGUGUAGAUGAUGAUACGAUUAGACAUCCAGCUGAUGCUACGGAAUGGAAAGAUUUUGACCAGAAAUAUGCUUGGUUUGGCAAAGAUGCUCGUAACGUGCGACUUGGGCUUGCUAGUGAUGGAUUUAACCCUUUUGAAAAUAUGAGCACGAGUUAUAGCAUGUGGCCGGUGAUUGUGACGCCAUAUAACUUACCACCAUGGAAAUGCAUGAAGGAGAAUUUUUUGAUGUUAUCUUUGCUUAUUCCUGCAUAUGGAAUGUUAUCUGGAUGGAGCACAAAAGGAAAAUUGGCAUGUCCUGUGUGUAAUAAGUGGACAUGUUCGCUAACAUUAAAAAAUGGAGUGAAGAAAUGUUACAUGGGUCAUCGGAGAUAUUUACAUGCCCAACAUUCUUGGAGAAAAAGCAGAAAAUUUGAUGGCAAACCAGAGCACGGGUCAAAGCCUGAAGAGUUGUCAGGAGAUGAAGUUCUAAGGCAAUUAGAUUUGCUUCCAAAAAGCCUUGUUUUUGGGAAUACACCUAACCAAAAAAAGCGUGCACGUGGUCCUGAAGAGCUCAAUUGGACAAAGAGAAACGGAUAUGCUUCCAAUCUUUCUCGAUGUGUAAGUGUUCAGGACUGCAAAGUUAUGGGGAUGAAAAGCCAUGAUUAUCAUAUAUUCUUGCAACGGUUACUUCCAGCAUCAAUUUGUGGGUCUUUGCGUAGUGAGGUUUACACUGCAUUAUCAGAGUUGAGCUCUUUCUUUAAGGAGCUUUGUUCGAAGACUUUAAAAAGAUCUACAGUUAAAAAGUUGCAGAGCGAUAUCAUUUUGAUAAUAUGUAAACUUGAGAUGAUAUAUCCUCCAUCUUUUUUCGUGGUAAUGAUGCAUUUGCCAAUUCAUCUGCCUCGUGAAGUAGAAUUAGGAGGCCCUGUUCACUAUAGGUGGAUGUACUUUAUUGAGAGUGUUAUAGAUGUGCAAAAAAGACACCAGGCAGGAUUUGCCAGUUGGUUCAAGGAGUGUGUUGGACGCUUACGUGCUACUGGUUUGGUUGCAGCAACAGAUCAUAUAUAUGCGUUGGGAUUAUGUCCUGAUAUACGAAUUGCUAGGUACAGUGGGAUAAUUGUCAAUGGAGUUAGGUUUCACACAGUUGAGCGUGAUAAUUUUUGUCGGACUCAAAAUAAUGGAGUUUUAGUUACGGGAGAGCAUAAGUCGAAAGAAAUCGAGUUUUAUGGUGUGCUAACAGAUAUCAUUGACCUCCAAUAUGUUAAUGGGAAUCAUGUUUUCUUGUUUAAAUGUGAUUGGUGGGAUGUUGGCGAUAAAAAUGGAAUUAAAACAGAUGACAACUUAGUUUCUGUUAAUGUGAGCCAUAAAUGGUAUACAGGUGAUUCUUUCGUGUUGAGUUCUCAAGUACAGCAGCAAUACGAGGCAGAUAAUAGUCAUGAAGUCGAUCAAAAUGGUGGUGAAAAUUUGGAACUCUUGCAUCCUAUAGAUGUAUUACCGGAUAAAGUUGAUGUUGGUCAAAUGUUUCAAGGUCAAAACUCAAACCCGAUUUAUUCUAGCGAUGAGGAGGAUGAUACUACGAUCAAUUAUGAUGAUGCCGACACUGAUGUACUAGAAGACUCAAAUGACAGUGACAAUGAAGACGAAGACGAUGAUUACUUGUUUAAAAAUUGUAGAAUUUUGGUGUUUUAUGGCAGUAGUUAUGCAGCCCAACAUGAAAUUUGUGGAAAACUGGAUAGCAGAAACUCGAUGUGUUGA